ACUUUUUUGUUCGGAAUUUUCUAGUUCGUUUCUUUUUUAAAGCACAAUUUUGAAUGGCCGUGAAAGAAAAUGAAACGCAACACUCAAAGUGCACAGGAACCACCAGUGAGCCACUUCAAAGUGGGCAUUCACCAUUGUUUCCCGAGCAACAAUGGUGGGCGGGACUGAUGGACUGAUGUAGCGGUCUAGAAAUAUUUUCAGAAAAAGUAAAAAACAAAACAAAAAAAUUCAAAAGUGAAUUUAAAAUCAGAGCAAAAUUUUGUGUCCCGAAAUAUUCUUGUCUUAAAAAUAUGGCGGAGGAAGAGGAACUUGUGAACAAAUUGAGCGGCCUGGUUCGGGAGCUGGACUACUGCUGCCACUGCGACCAGAAGCAAGCGUGCCCGGACCAUGCGGGGAAGACCAGGAGGCAGUGGCGCGACAUACCCCCGCCCCGACAGAGGAAGGUGCCGUUCGAGGUGGACUGGCAGACGUACCCGCUGGUGACGGGGCUGCCCGUCUUGGAGACGCGCUACAAGGCCAACAUGCGCGAGGUGGCGUCCGAGCCGCCGAGGGUGUCGGUGCAGUACGAGCCGCGGACGUGGCUGCCCAAGCCGGUGGAUCUCGGUGGAGAUGGGACUCCGUGGGAUUUAAGGCGUUACCGCAGCAGGGAGUUGAUCGCAAGCCAGCUCCACUUCGGAUGUGUGUGUCCAAAGCGAAACGGUCUACAGGAUGAGUGCCGCAGACUGGAUUGCAAGGGCAAAGAUUGCUGCACAUCUCAGCCUGUGGCCAAAUGCAGGCCAAGCGGAGGACCUGGGGUGUGUGAGCUUCCCAUCAGAAGGACCCACAAAAGCAACUGCUGGUGUGACAUGUGCCGGCCCCCCUGCUGCGCUACAGGUCGCAUGACCCCACGGACGCCAAAGCCAGAGGGGGUGUGUCCGGAGUGUCUCUGUCUUCAGUCAGUCCAGUGCGGAUCUACCUGUGCACACUACUGCGACAAGCACAUGCUGGGAGCGACUGCCAAGCCCUGUCCUCCAAUUCUGUACUAAGAUGUUCUGGUUGCAAAAUUAAAUAAGGAAAAGCAA